UUUUAGCAAUUUACUCCAUAAAAAAUUUGGUCGAUUUGCCCUAAGUUUGUCUUGAACGUAAACAUAAAAUGCUUUGCAUGUUUUAUUUAAGGAUACAUUGAAAUCUCAUCUCAGCAGUCACCACCAUAUAUAAAACAAAACUUAACUCCAUUGCCCAUUGGACACGCCGACGCUGGUGAGGUUGCAACAACAUGGAUGAGAAACAUAUUCCGAUACUAAUAUUCUCAUUCUUUCUACUGAAACACAUCACCAGUGCUAACGCCGACUGCUCUCCGGCCUCCUGCGGCCCCAACGAGCCACAUGUACGGUUCCCGUUCCGUAUCCUCGACCUGCAACCACCCCGGUGCGGUUUCCCCGGUUUUGACCUCUCCUGCGACGAACAAAACCAAACAAUCCUCCAGCUUCCAUCAUCAUCAUCAUCAUCAUCCUUGCCAUACAUCGUCAACAGUAUUUCCUAUCUCGAACAGUUGAUCUACAUAGAUCCGGGAUUCUGCCAGCCAAACCGAAUAGUUAGUGUCAACAUAACCGAUACGUCAUUCAGUGACAGUAACUUAAUGAUGCAGAACUACACUUUUUUCAACUGCUCCCAGAACUACAGUACCUUGUAUCCGGUUGUCGGAUUCCCUUGCCUAAGCACCGGAAACUACUCAGUAAUUGCUAUUGUGACCGAUUCAUAUAAUCCUGGAUACGUGCCUCUGAAUUGUGAGUUUAUGAAGAGGAUCGUGGUGCCGAUUCUGCCAAACGGUGUCCUAAGUCAGGAAUUGGAGUUGAUCUGGUCCACUCCCUACUGCAAAUCUUGUGAAAGGGAAGGUAAAUUUUGUGAGUGGAAGAGUGAUGAUGGAGAGACAGUUUGCGUUAGUUCUUCCCGCGGAAAAGGUAUUUCGAGGGGUGCUAUAUACGGAUUAAGCAUAGGCAUAGGUGUACCUACAUUGAUAUUUAUCAUCGGGCUUGCAUACUACUUAUCUUAUAAACGAAAAGGCCAUAAUGGCUCUCAUAACCAAAGAGUUGUCGAGGAUAAUUCUGGAAUGUAAUCAGUGUUUACAUUUUGAAUUCAUUCAAGGGUCAUGGCUCAAGUUGAAUGUAUUAAAGGGAAAGUUCAACAUCAUUAUCGUCAAAUCCGAUACGUUCAUCAUACAAAAUAACCAAUCAAUAAUUAAGCUUGAAUUUUUAUACCUUUACAUGUAUAUUUCUAUGUAUAAUAAACAAAUUUACACAAUAAAAACUAUUGUACGCUGUGUUUCAUUUCAUACAUUUACAUGUAUAUCUCUAUGUAUAAUGAACAAAGGGAUUAAU